GUUCUGAGUAUCUAGAGGCAUGCAAACGCAGACAGGAUGUACCCUCUCCUGGGAACAUUGUAGAGAGGAUUCAGGCGGCUUGAUCUGAAAUUUAUGAUUCUGUGAUCUAGUGGGAUGCCUGAGGGCAGGUGAUGGGAAUAAAUAGAGCUGGAGCCUCCCACUGGGAUCAUCCCUGGAAUGGGUCCCAGGAUGUUCCAGUUGCUUCUGCUGGGCACAUUCACAGUGCUCUUCAUGGAUGAAGGAAACCGAGUCCUGACAUCGAGAUUGGUUCGAUUUUGCUAUCAAUGUGCCCGCUUUGAUGGAUACAAAUGCCUCACUGGCUUGAAAAAGUGCUGGAAAGUCAAUCUAACAUUUUACAAAAGGAGUUGUACCAUAGAUCACUACUACUAUGUUGAUCGAAUUACUGGGAGAGCUCUGUAUCGUUAUUCGGAACUGUCGUGUAAACCUUGUGAAGAGGGAAUGGUUCAAGUAUACCAUGACUUACUGAAAGAAACAAUUUGCUGCAAUCAUAAGGACAUGUGUAAUAACGGCAACAUAAAUUUAGAUACUACAGUGGUAUUUGGAAGAGGGAUAGAUAACAUGACUGAUGUGAUAAAAGAUAGAAGAUAAACACGUGCUUAAGAUUUUAAGCCAUAUAGGAAUGCACAUCUUAAAUAAUACUUUCCCCUUCCCCUAAAAUAGACCAAGAGUAUAGGGGCACCGGAGUGGCUCAGUCUGAAGAGCAUGGGAUUCUUGAUCCUCAGGAUUGUGAGUUCAAACACCAUGUUGGGUGUAGAGAUUACUUAAAUAAAUAAACUUAAGGGGAAAAAAAGAAAAGCAAAAGAGAUAGUAUAAAAGGAAAUAGAACAUAAAGUAGAAAAUAUACACACAAAUUUACAAACACCAUAAAACAAUAUAACAGCAUUGACUUAACAUAUCAGCCAAAUUAAAAAGAUUUUAGUUUAGUAAACAGAGCAAAAUCCAACUCUUAUGAUGAUUUAGAAAUAUGACCGAGUCAAAACAAUUCGGAAUGUGUAAAUAUAAAUGAAUAGGAAAAUACAUAUUAAAAACCCAUAUUGAGUAUGAGCCUAUUUAUGGACUCAAAAUCAUCAAAAGAGAUAAUAUACUUUAUAUUAUUAAAGUCACUAAUGUACCAUAAAGAUAUAAAUUAUUAAAACAGGCAGCCAA